UGGUAACGAGAACAAUUUCGAGAGUUCGCGUCAUCCUGAUAAAAAAGUGUUGUUAAUGAGAAACGUAUACACAAUCUAGAUUGGAAGAUCUAGUUUGCCGGCUUUAAGAAAUGGGAUCAUUUGAUUUCCUCGAUGAAGUGCGUCGUAUGAAUGGCCGACAGUUGUACUACCAGGUUCUCAACUUUGGCAUGAUCGUGUCAUCUGCUCUGAUGAUCUGGAAAGGUUUGAUGGUGGUCACUGGCAGUGAGAGCCCUAUUGUUGUAGUACUCAGUGGAAGUAUGGAGCCUGCCUUCCACCGUGGUGACCUCUUACUUCUGACCAACCACAGAGAGGAACCCAUUAGAGUUGGUGAGAUUGUAGUGUUCAAGAUAGAAGGAAGAGACAUUCCCAUAGUUCACAGAGUCCUCAAGGUUCAUGAAAAAGAAAAUGGCACAGUUAGAUUCCUUACUAAGGGAGAUAACAACUCUGUAGAUGACAGAGGCCUGUAUGCCAAAGGACAACUCUGGCUGGAGAAAAAGGAUGUAGUUGGCAGAGCUAAAGCAUUCUUACCUUAUGCUGGCAUUGUGACUAUUCUUAUGAAUGACUACCCUAAGUUCAAGUAUGCUAUCCUGGCCUUCUUAGGAUUGUUUGUCUUAACACACAGAGAGUAGAAGAGAUUGUAUGUGUUAGAACCUAGAGAGUGAAUGAGAAGCUUAAGAGAGCAAGACUAGUCAUAUGAUAUCUACAUCAAGUCAUAGUAUGAAUCAGACCAAGAGCAUCUUAUGUCAGUUUCAAACAACUGCUGUAUGUUGGAGAAUGUGUGUGUGUGUGAGUUUUAUGCAGCUGAAUGUUUUUUUGGAUUGUUGUAAUUAAAUGAACAUGUGACCCAGUGGACACAAACCACUUUAAAAAAAAAUUUUUUUUUUGCUCUUAUAGUUCUAAAUUACGCAAUGGGAAAAGAUUACACAUUUUCAACGUCUCUCUUCUAAAAUGUGAACUAAAUUAUAUUUAUUUCAGGAGAAAAAAACUUUCUUAUGCUCUUUUAUAAAUGUUUCUAAGUUUCCUCAUAUUAAUCUACCCAUAACCAAUAUAACAGGGUGUUCCUUUCAUGGCAUUGGUGCACAUAAAGAAAGCAUAGUCUUGUAUUUGUGAAAAAUUAAAUGUUACUCUUUAUUAUUAUUUUUUUUUUAGAUCUUUCUUUCUAAUACUUGUGUGCGACAGGCAUUUUGUUAAAAACUCCUUACAUGAAGUAUUAAAUCAUAACUAACAGAAUCAAACUUCUCUCUUGAAUGUCAAAGAAAUUCUUCAGAAGCUGGUGGCAAACAAAUACACAAUAUAAGUAUUGAACUUACCAAUUAUGAUCAUUAAUGAUGUCACUGUUACCAGACUUGUGGUGUUGAAUUUGCAUUCAAUCUCUGGCACUUGUCAAAACCAUAUCUCCAGUAUGAUAUGUCUGAAAAUCCCAGACUUCCAAAGAAUACCCUUUUGUUUAAUGUGACCAUUAAUGUAAUUUUGUAUAAGUAAUGAUGAUAGACAUUGUUUCAUUGGGUGUUUACAUAAUGUGUUUUUGUAUUAGUAAUGAUGAUAAGACAUUGUUUCAUUGGGUGUUUACAUAAUGUUUUUGUAUUAGUAAUGAUAAGACAUUGUUUCAUUGGGUGUUUACAUAAUGUGUUUUUGUAUUAGUAAUGAUGUGACUACAUGUUUUGUUUUAUUUUCACUCUGGUGGUGGAAGGAUAAAUGGCGCUUCGUCCAUUGAAAAAUAUUUUAAAUAUUUUAUUUAAUCUCACAAGGUUAUAAGGCUCAUCAUUGUCAUUAAAUUACAUACAAAUUGUCAAGAAAUGGCUUUAGUACAAAUGAAAUUAAUUAACUGCAUGUGUUCAAUCAUAACUUUUAACAUUUAUUUUCCAGAUAUUUAUGCCUUAAGCAGUCUGUACAAUUUCAUAAGUAACAGGUAUUACAGUGUUACAACUUAGGAAUGCUAUCCUAGUAGCUUCAUGUUUAUGCUGUAACAAUGAAACAAUGUUGAAGAGCACAAACACUAGUAGAACAUUUUUAAUGUACUUCAUUGUUUUCUGCUUUGUUGAAGUAUUGGGUUUUGGGACAAUAAAACAUUUUCCCAACUUGAA